UCUAAAUGGAGAAUGAGCGAGGAAGUGAUCAGUGUCCUGUCCAGAUGCCAGAAACAGAAAUAGUAAACAUGAAAGUGAGAAGCAGUGCGUGAGAUUAAAGCUGUAAGUGUUUUUAGCGUUCAGCGGCCUCCAGACGUCAGAACCAGCGCUGUUAUUCGCGUCUCUUGAGCGAAAGUUCUUAUCGGAGCCGUGAGAUCCGACGGAGCGUCAUGUUCAACAACAUCACACCAUCGCUGUCGGCUCCAUCUGAGGCUGGAGAUAUCAGAAGUUCGGCGUUUAAUCUGGGCGAACCUCUCCGACAACCGCGAUCUUCUCCUCCGAUCAGCGCAGCUUCACAAUUCGUUCACAACAGCACUAGUGGCAUGGCGUUAAAAUCUCGAGAUUCACUGGUGAAAAACUCCAAACUGUCCGCUGCCGCUCCAGAGUUUAUCCCCAGCGGUUAUGCAUCAUAUCAGGAUGAUGUGUAUUCAGAUGGAUCUGAAGGUCACAACCCUGACGCCACGCUGGAUGAUUUCGUACAUGAUUUUGUAAGUAUUUUGACUUCGUCGCCGGGUUCCUUCGAGUCAGAAAUCGAUUACAUCACCGACACGCUGAACAGCUGGGUCACCACAGAGGCAAUUCUGAAGGAGCUGGUGGAGCUCAUCUAUGUACAGUCCACAUCCAUCCCUAACUUUGCUUAUAUGGGAGCUCGGCUCUGUAACGAUCUGUCUCAACACAUCAAACUCAGUCCACCUAACGGAAACUUCCGGCAGCUGCUGUUAGUCAGGUGUCACAUCGAGUUUGACCAGAAAGAUCAAGCUGUCAGAGGAGAUAAGGACACUCAAAAACAGUUUCACUCCUAUGUGCUGUUUCUAGGGGAGCUUUACCUGAACCUAAAGGUCAAAACCCGUAAAGGCACGCUGGGGCGAGCUGACGUCUUACUGGGAGCCCUGAAAGAUCUCAUGGACACACUUUUCUCUCAUCCUGAGGACCCAAACCUAAUCUGUGCUGUCAAAUUACUCAAGCUGUGCGGCUCAAUUCUGGAGGACACAUGGAAAGAGAGACAAAAAUCGGACAUGGAUGAGAUCAUCAAGAAGAUUGAAGAGAUUGUGUUAGAUGCCAAAUGUAGCAGAGAUGUAAGGCAGAUGCUGUUGAAACUGGUGGAGUUGAGGUCGAGUAACUGGGGACGAGUUUACGCGGCUUCUAUGUUGUGUGAUGCUACACCUGACAACGAUCCGAACUACUUUAUGAAUGAACCGACCUUCUACACGACAGAUGGGACUCCGUUCACAGCAGCCGAUCCGGACUACUCCGAAAAAUAUCAGGAGAUUCUCGACAGAGAAGACUAUUUCCCUGACACGUUUGAAGAGAACGGCACCGAAUCUUUUUGCCGUGAGGAGGAUGAAAUGGAUCCUGAGAUGGAAGAGGCUUUUGAGAGAUUUUGUAUGGAAUCGGAGUCGAGAGAACGGAAAUGAGAUCCGUGGACCGGAAGAUCACCAUCAUACCAUCCAACCAGCUGGAAUGUUGGCAGAACCAAAAAGUGUUUGGGUUGAUUUUUGUUGUGUUGUUUAAUUUUUCAACAAGAACUUCACGGCUACAAUGUCAUUGGAUUUUUUGACAGUGUUUAUUGUUUGACUGUAACUCGACAAUUGGCAAUCCGUCAAGCCACUGAUUUGGCAUUUGGCUUGUAUGGUUUAUAAUUUUUAUUUGUGUCUAAUUCGUCAACCAUCCAAACACGUUUGCAGUGAGAUUUUAAUAGAAAGCGAAGAGUAGAAGCAUCGAGUGAACGAGUGCUGUAAAAUAAAUCCCAGGAGACUAGAAGUGUGCAAUAACAGUUUUGUUUUAUGUUCUAACUAACUUUGUUUAAAUUGUUAAUUUUCCAUUCAAAUGCUUUACAGAACACAUGUAGAAAGACAAAAAUGUUUAUUACUGUUCUUCCUUUCACAGACAAUGCAAACAAUUUUACAGUUUUACUGUCAUUUAAUGCACGAGGUGAGGGUGACGAUAAGUUCAGUUCAUGCAGGAUAUAUGUUAACUGUCAAAUGACCGAAAAAAAGCUCUGCACCGGUUAAAGGGUUCACACGGAUUCACCGCCACUGUGAUUAUCUUCAUUAACAUCUCACAGAUCCCAUAUAAAGGAAUGUUUAUUUUAAUAUAAUUGUAAAUAUUAUUUACUGUUGUUUGCCUGCAAUAAAUCUUCUUCAAAACAU